AUGGCCAAGAAGAUCCCUGCACAAGCAUUCUAUGAAGAAUAUCACGGGCACCGAGUGGAACAUCUGCGUCACUUGGUGACUCUCAGCUCAGUUAGCGCCCCUGCCAGUGUCGAUUUUCGAGGGGAUUCGACCUUGGACAACAAGCACUGGCUCUUUCAGGGCGGGAAAAGUUUGCCGGAAGAGAAAUCGAAGAGCGCGGCCUUGAAUGGCUAUGAGGAACUGCUGGAGCCUGCUCUGAUGAUGCACGAUGUGAGUUUCUGGGUGAACUACGAGCUGGCAAAGGCAAAAGUGGAACCGCCCAUCGUGUGCAUCAAUGGAGCGGUAGAAGAGUCGUGCAUCAGUCAGAGGGAAGUGGAAGGUCUAUUGGCACAGGACAAAUUCAUUCGCGACAGCCUGACGGAAGACGACAUCUUGGUGGUAGACGUGGGUGGGAACGAUGUGGCUUUGCGGCCCACCUGCGGGAUUAUCCUGAACAUGGCGCUGCUGCUGUACCUGACGCCCACCUGUCUCAUCCGUUGUUGUCCCUGGCUGGUGCCAGGCAUGUGGUACUUCAUCUACAUGUUCCGCGUGCGGCUGCGCAAGAUCACGGAGAAACUGAUCGCUGCGCGAAAGCCGAAGAAGGUGAUCAUUUGCAUGCUAUACUUCCUGGACGAAUCGCCUGGUGGCAGUUGGGCGGAUGGGACGCUGAAGGCACUGGGCUAUGAUCGCAAUCCCGAGAAGCUGCAGACGGUGAUGCGUCAAGUCUACUCCAUGGCUGUGUCUCGAAUUCGCAUCCCCGGCACUGAAGUGGUGACAUUACCAUUGUACGAGGUCUUAGAUGGAAAAGACACCAACGACUACGUGGCACGUGUGGAGCCCAGUGACCCCGGCGGUCACAAGUUGGCCGUGGCGCUGAAAGACGCCAUCCUCGACGAGCGCCACGGCCUCGUUUCCGUCCUGGGAUGA